AUGUUAUAUAUACCUCAUUCGAGUGCUAUUGUCGAUAAGGUUGAAAUGUAUGAAAUCUCCCAUGAAGAAAGCUCCAACAACUUCUAUCUCGAGAUGGUAAAUGGUAUGGCUCCAGGUAUGAAAUCUCCCUAUGAAGAGAUCCCCGCCCACCAAUAUCUCGAGAUGGAGAAUUCCUGUCCGUAUUUUAUCUCGAGAUGGUAUAUGGUAUGUUCUGUAGUGUGUAGUCCCCCUGUUACUCUUCAAAUGGGGCUUAUCUUUUCACCUUCCACUUGGACUGGCCUCUUCAUCGGUGGAAUCCGACCAUGGAGGCGCAUCGGUUGCAGUAGUAGCAAUUUACACCAAAUUGGACUGACUUCGAGCCUGGAGAGUUCAAAGAGAGUUGACAUCUGGAGCAUCGGACCGUGUCGAAAGUGGGAUAGCUGGAAUGGCAUGGAGUAG